AUGGUUUAUGUUGUUUUAAGGAAAGGAAGUUCACUGGUGGGUUUGUCUCACGUGCUCUACCGCUCUUUCCUCGUCAUAAUAUUCUGUAAGAAAUUCGUGCCAUCGACAGGUUUGGCUGCAGCUACUGCAGACUUCGGGAGCGUUUGUGUACGCUGCCUGCGCGUGCUCGUGACGGGCGCGGCGGGUUUCAUCGGUUUUCACAUCAGUCGCACGCUAGCAGCACGUCAACAAGUGACGGUUGUCGGAAUCGAUAACUUCAACGACUACUACGACGUCGGGUUGAAACGAGAGCGUGCGUACGAGUUGAGCAAAGACGGCGUGCGGAUGUUUCACGCUGAUGUGUGCGAUGAUGCCUUUCUGAGUGAAUUGAUACGGGACUUCAACAUUAGUUGUGUCAUUCAUCUUGCCGCUCAGCCUGGCGUGCGCUACUCAGUUAAGGAGCCGCAUUUGUAUUCAGCCAAUAAUAUCGAUUGCUUUGUUAAUUUCCUGGAGAUUGUGUCUCAAUUUCGAGGUGUCUGUUUAAUUUAUGCUUCCACAUCCAGUGUUUAUGGACCUUUCUCAAAAGUGCCGUUUUUUGUUGCUGGGCUUCUUAAACAAACGACCUGGGAAUGUUUAUUCGAUGACGAAGCAGGCAAAUGA